AAAAGAGUAGCUCACAAGUUUAUUUGGGGUAUCCUCAAAAUACAGCGGGCAAAGCUUUUUUAUAGAAUGGUCCCGUAUAAGUGAGGGCGAGAGUUUAAAAACAACGAUCUCGCUAAUCGGGACAACUUGCACUGCUAGCAUUAACACUAGAUAUUGUGUUCAUAUGUUAUGCUCACACCAACAGAACGAUCUAGAGGGCUUGUUUAAUGCUUUUCCUAAAUGCUGAGGCAGUUUUAACUAUCAUUGCAUAAGUGUUUUUUAUGUUUAAAGCUAAACUGAUCACAUGAAAAUAGCAUGGGAUGAUGAAAACGAGGCGAGACCAGACAGAUGCGCGGUAGACUCGGAGUCUUCAACGUUUUAAAGAGAAGCUUGGCAUGUCUGGCCCCACCUGGCUCCCUCCAAGAACUCUGGGUAGCCCAGAUAGAGCCACAGCAGCAAUGUCUCACACUGGUCCUGCCCUAUACAGACCUCCUAAGAAAGUUCUACCCGACCAGAGGUCCAAAUAUAGCAUGUAUGACCAAAAUGGUGGACCAGGAGGAAAUAGUAUGCCUGUAAGAUAUAUGGCCACUGGACCCUCAGGUGGAAAUAUGCAGCACCAGCAUCAAGACGAUCGCUCAGGGUCUUCUGCCUAUCGCCCUCUGUCUCCCAACAUGGGAGAACGAUACUACACUCCAGGCCAAGGGCCCAAGGAGGACCACCAAACCUGGAGCCCUCACAUGGCCAGCCAUGAGAUUCAUAAUCGAGGAUCAGAAAAGCACGUAUCUACUAUUGAUGCAGAGAUCGACUCUCUUACAUGCAUGCUGGCUGACCUGGAUAGUCAUCCUCAGAACUCAAGCACACAGUUAUAUGACAAUGUGCCUUACAGCAAUCACCUCCCCAUUGACCGCUAUAAACCACCCAACCAGAUGGUGGCACCACCACCGAUCAGGCCCUCAAUGGGCUACCCUCCUCCACUCCAGAGCCAGUACCACCCCUCCCCACCUUACACCUCGACGCCUCAGGCAGACUAUGCUUACUCACCCUCCUCCUCCAUCCACAAACCUUACCCACAACCAGUGCCUGCCUCCUACACCACUGCCUCUACCCCCACUGGCCCACGCUUCACAGUACAGGUGAAAACCGCCCAGCCGGUGACAUACUCUCAGGGUGGGCGUCAAGCAGAGCAGGCGUACGCCCCGUCAGCGCCCCGUCAGCAUGCCUCUCGCCCCCCUCAGCAAGAUCGCCCAUAUUAUGAGCCACAGGGACAGGGCUGGUACCCACCUCCUCCUGCUCAGGAACCUCAUGGAGAUCCAGCUGCAUAUAAGGGGGGGUCAGGAAAUAUGCCAGGGGGGCGAGUCGGUCAGGGACCCACGGCAAAGAAGAGUCAAGACCAAUCAGCAUAUGAGCAUAAUAAGGUGUCAGCACAUAGGCCGGAAGAGGAGUUGGAUCGGCUCACCAAGAAGUUGGUGUAUGACAUGAAUCAUCCCCCUACUGAAGAAUAUUUUGGUAGGUGUGCUAGGUGCGGGGAUAAUGUUCUGGGAGAUGGCAGUGGCUGUAUUGCAAUGGAGCAGGUGUUUCACGUGGAGUGUUUCACCUGUAUCACCUGCCACGCCCGACUGAGAGGCCAGCCCUUCUAUGCACUAGACAGGAAGAGCUACUGCGAAAGCUGCUACAUUAGCACACUUGAGCACUGUUCGAAAUGCUCUGAGCCUAUCCUAGACCGAAUCCUGAGGGCUAUGGGAAAGGCCUACCACCCUCGCUGUUUCACAUGUGUGGUUUGCGGCUGUUGCCUGGAUGGAGUGCCUUUUACUGUUGAUGCUGCCUCCCAGAUUCACUGUAUCAAAGAUUUCCACAGGAAGUUUGCCCCUCGCUGCUCAGUAUGUUGUCAGCCCAUAAUGCCAGAGCCAGGGCAGGAGGAGACGGUGAGGAUUGUUGCGCUGGAUCGCAGUUUCCAUGUUAACUGCUACGUAUGUGAGGAGUGUGGUCUUCUCCUCUCUUCAGAGGGUGAGGGUAGAGGCUGCUAUCCCCUGGAUGGCCACAUUUUGUGCAAGAGCUGCAGUGCCCGGCGCAUCCAGGACCUCUCUGCCAAAAUCUCCACGGACUGCUAAUGGCUCCGUCCCGUCUCUUUGCACCCUUUCUCUGCAUAAUGGUUAUUCUUUAGAAUGUACCACCAUCUAAAAGUUCACCACCUGGUAUUUUUUCCAUCCUUCAGACAGUUAAACACUAAAUACCCAUGCUGAUCACACAAAUAAUUUGAAGACCUCCCUCUUGGGGUUACAUAGAGCAGUAGCUCUUGUACAUAGAGUAGUUUCACUGGUUUUCAUAGGGAUGAAAAAAGCAAAACAGGUGGUGAAUGACAUGUGUUGGUGCUUAUUGAUUGUGUUUUAUCGUGUGUGCAUGUUUAUACAAAACGUGAGUGCUUAACAGGGUUGAUUUAAACAGGGCAUAUUUCUACCUUCUGACAGACACUCACUGCCUUUGAGUCUUUACAACUUCAAAACACCUUCUCAUGGAUUGAUAGGAACAUUGUUCCCUCAACCAGGCACUACUCGGCUUUAACACAGACUGUAGUGCCUCACUUCUGCUGGCAUUUGUUCACUUCACACUGUCCCCCCUCACAGACUCUCUUUUUCGUUUAUUUUGUUCUUUCAGAAACAUAAACUUCAAGUUUUUCUUGCUCACUCAGCGGAGAGUCUAUACUUAAUAUUGACUAUUUUAUCACUUGAAAUGUAUGAUCACGAUUGUUGAAGGAUAUUAUCACACUAUGCCAUUUACUGACUUGAUGAUAUAUGUUGAUAAGGUGGGAACGUUUAACAAUGGCAGCUGUCCGUUUCUUUUUUCCCCUGCUGUUGUCCCUCCAGCCAACAUACAUGGUGUUAAUGUUAAAGAUGCUCUUUUACACUGAUCUUGGAUCAGCUUUUCUCACAAUGGCCUGUUUUUAGAUGGGAAUAGUGGGUCAGUUUGUACCAUGACAUAUUAAAUGAAGGAAGUCUCUUGAUUAAGAUGUUAGUAGUUCUGCCUGUUUUAGAUCAUGUAAGUUGGAAGCCUGGAUUGAGAAGUGCUGCAAAAGGUUUGGCAGCAGAGUGGAUCUUUUUUUAAGGGAGUUAGAGAGUAGGGAGAGGAGUUCUAAGUAUUGCAGUUGAGAUUUACUGCUAAUAGGAUAGAAGAUCGAGAAAAAUGUGACUUCUUGUUAGGUUUAGAAUGUUUCCAAUGACCUCAAGGAACUUAGUUGCAGGAUUGUUACUAAAUGUUUGUUGAAAAUGACUAACAGAAGAUUAAUGAAAAAGUAUAAAGGCUUCAAGAAGGUGUAGUUAUGUACUAGAGAAAUAUCUUGACUUUCACUUUAGAUCAUUAUUCCACAUAUCUGAUCAUACUCUUAUGCAAACAGAUUGCAUCUGUGUUACUGACUGUAUUUUAUUUGUUUUUUUUUAAAUCUAUACCCCCCAAUGCUUUGUAUUUGAUCAGAAUUUUGUGUCAGGAUGUGUUUGAUUAUCUGUUACAUGUGCAACAUCAAGCAUCCAUUACUUACUAAUGCCAUUAUACAAAUAGGUUUCAAAUAAGGUUGUUUGACGAAGAAAAUAUUUACAGACUAGUCUUUUGCUCCGGCGAAUUAGUUACAAUUUUCUAGAAACUAAAAGCACAAAAUGGUUCAGAUGGUUGCAUGCUUUAUUUAUUGAUUUCUCUGGAAUAUUUUAUGUGAGAUUGCAUAUUAGUAUCCAUCGGAUUAAUUGUUUGCCAAAUGUUUUGUUUUUUAAAAAGAGUAAAUCACUUUGCCAUCAUGGGAUAUCUGACUGUUUGUUUUGACAUUUCAUGUGUUGUUAUUAUUUAGUUACAUUUUACAAUAAGGUUGUAUUCAUUAACAUUAGGUCACGCAAUAGUUAACAUGAACUAACAAUGAACAAUGCAUUUACGGCCUUUAUUAAUCUUGAUUAAUGUUAAAUUCUAUAUAUACUAAUAGAUUUUGACAUUAAAAGUAUACAGUAUAUGUUAACAUUUGUAAAUGCAUUAUUAACUAACUUUAGCAAACAAUGAACUGUAGUAUUUAGAUAAAUUACCAUUGACAGACUGUGCUGUAAAAAAAUAUUUUUAUUUUUUGUUUAUUGUUGGUUCAUGAUACCUAAUGCACUAACUAAUGUUAAUUGAAAAGUGUGACCAUUAUUUUCUCAUACUUGUUAUUUGCACCCCACCUUGGAUUUAUUUGUUUUGUUUUUGCCAAAUAGCAUAAUUUCUCCAAACAUCUCGUCAUUGUAGAUGAUUAAUUGAAAAAUGACCCUAGCACUGCACAGUUUAAUACACAGCUGAUGUACUUUCAAACUGCGAGUACACUUCAGGGCUGGAUUUAUGAGCAAUUCUUUGUGGGUGCAUUUAUUUUUACUCUGAUACUGAUCGUUGGAAGAAAAUGAUGUGCUUCAGAAAUUCAUUUGUUUUUACUGCCUAUGUAUUUCAUCCAGUGUGUUGACUUCCGAAUUGUACUGACUCAUGUUCUGAUUUAUGAUCUGAUGAACUGUGAAAGAAAACAAAUGGAAAAGC